CUCUUGCUUUGUGUCUUCUUGUUCUUCAUUGGCUAGGGUUCUAGCUGGUUGUUGUAAGGUUCCAGAUAGAUCUUUGAUUGUUUUUGGUUCAUAAGGGUGUUUGAUCGAUGAUCAUGAAGGAUUCUGGGGAUGUUCAUGUUUAUGAUCACGAGUAUAAAUCGUCGUGUCCACGAGGCCAUUGGAGGCCAGCUGAGGAUCAAAAGCUUCGACGGUUAGUUGAACAAUAUGGCGCUCAAAAUUGGAAUUCCAUUGCUGAGAAGCUUCAAGGCAGAUCAGGAAAGAGCUGUAGAUUGAGAUGGUUUAAUCAGCUCGAUCCUAGAAUCAUUAGGAAGCCAUUUAGUGAAGAAGAAGAGGAAAGGCUUUUGGCGGCUCAUCGAAUACAUGGAAACAAAUGGUCACUUAUUGCUAGACUAUUUCCUGGUCGAACCGAUAACGCUGUGAAGAAUCAUUGGCAUGUUAUAAUGGCAAGAAAGCAACGGGAACAGUCCAAACUUCCCAAACGAACUCAUCAACACUUUCCAGUUACUUCUUCUAAUUUUCUCGGCAACCAAACAGAAUCUUCUUCAAGAGAUCAUCGACAGUUUAGCACUACAAUUCUUGUCUCCGACAACAACAGCUUCCACAAAGAUGGAAUGGUUUGGAAUCUCAGACAAAGCUUAAAAGGUUAUUCAGAUCAUAACAAUAUUCCCAUUCUCCAUAGGCAUUAUGCAAAUUUUAGAACCUCCCCAUCAUCACCUCGGUUUUGCUUCCCAACUGCUAAAAUUCCUUUUCGGGUUUUUGAAUUUGGUAGCACAUCAACCACUACACUUGUCAAGUUCAUGGCUAAUACCGAUAAUCAUCAUCAUCGUCAUCAUCAUCUUCAUGCUCAAGAACAACGACAAGAACAAGAAUCACUCAACGACGACAAAGAUACUCCCUUCAUAGAUUUCCUCGGAGUAGGAAUUUCUUCUUGAUUAUAUAUAUAUUCCAUCAAUCUUCUAAUUAAUUACUCGUUCUUACUAAUACUUACGAUAAUCCUCCUAUGUGAAAAUUAAAAGUAGUUUUUUUUUUUUUAAUAUAUAGUUU